GAUUAGUCGGAAUCCAAAGUGGUUACUGGAUAUCGAGAGGUUAAUACAAAAAAAAAAAUUAUGCUAUAUUAUUUUAUGAGUAUUGUGAAUAGAGAAACAGGCAUUGCUGGUUUGAGUGGAAGGAGCUCGGUUCCCUUUAAGCAAGGUAUUGACUUCGAAUCUUGUGAAUGGAGAAAUAAGCGUUGGAGAACUUCCCCCUUGUGGGGUCCGACCCGGUUCGAUUCCGGAUUAGUCGGAAUCCAAAGUGGUUACAGGAUACUGGAAGGUUAAUACAAAAAAAAAAAAAAAAUUAUGCUACAUUAUUUUAUGAGUAUGAGAGUAAUAUGCAUUGUAUAUACAUGUAGCCAGCAAUUUGGUUAACUUAGACAUGGUCCUCCAACUUGUGUGACCAUAAACUUCUGUAGUUUGCUGCUCUAUGCUAUGUAUGUGAACGGAUAAAGGGUAGGUAUAGAAAUUUGUCAAUGCUUAAGUUUUAGAGAAACAAAUUACGGUUAUGAAU